ACAGGUUGGUGGCGUCUCGGGGGAGAGAGAGAGAGAGAGAGAGAAAGAGAGAGGGGCUGCCGAUGGUUGCCUGGAUCUCUGGAGGUGCCAAGUUGGAAGAGGCGUUCCGUUGAACCGAGUCUCUUCCUUCCAUCGAAUUGCGGAGCCUCCAGCCUUCAAUUGCUGUCAUCGGAUUUAACGUCAAACAAAGAACAUGGCCUUGGUGGUCUUCUUUUCUAUGUAAGAUAGGCGGAGGAGAAGAGGAAGACGAAGGAAGAGGGCAGCGAAGAGAACUGAAGGAGAACGGAGAAGAAGGGUAGUGGGAGGGAGUUAACAGAGAGAAUUAUGAUUACCCGAUCGAAUUUGGCGGAGCAACUAAGAGAAUACCAAACCCGUUCGAAGCAUGAUUGGGCGUCAAUCUCGUUCUUCUCGACCACGGCGAGCACCACAUCUAGGGUUGAUGUCGUGAUCUCAGUGAUAUGGGAACUCUUUAUACUUGCAUUUUUAGUGUUCUCGGCAGUUUCUUUGUACUUGAGGUACAUGCGACUUGCAUUUUGCUUCAUCUGUAUCACAACUCUGUUGCUUGUAACCCUCAAAAUAAUGAAGAAAGUGAAGCAAGCAAGGAAAAGGAAGCGAAGAAUGCUUCUACCUCUAUCCAUGUAAAAAGGUUACAAAGUGGAUCUUUAAGAUGGUCCGGCCAUUUUUGAUUGAAGAGCAGGAGAAUUUGUCACCCAGUUCCCUGUAUAGUAGCUUAUUUGCUUCAGUAAACUGACUACUUACGUGGGAUGACACUGUUAGUUCCUGAAGCAGCCCAAAAAUCAGAAGUGCCUUAUUUUUUUGGUAUGCACACUUAAAAGUGCAUGGUUGGAAGCUGUUGAGGGUUAUUUGCUGCAGUUAUUCGUGCUUUCUCAUGUGCUUUGCGAGCGGGAAUUGGAUAUGCCUUGGCUAACUUUGUCAUCAGGAUUGCUUUUCCAGACACCCUUUUUUUCGUUGGUUUUUCCUUCUCUUCUUUGAAGAUACUGUAGAAUGAUGCCAUGGUUUUUCAAGUAAUAUGAAUGAUCCCACUAGUUUCAGCA